AUGCCACCAGCAAAAAUAGCCCCAAGUGCUCCAACCACACCUAAUACAAUACAAGACGUUUCUGUCGAUGGACUACAAAUUAGAAAGAAGUUUAGCAAAAAGUCUGGCGAUGCGGAUAAUCGUUGGGCUACGAUUGGUGGUAUACAAGAAUUUUUAGAUGGAGUAAAACAUUUGGGUGACAACUAUCGCGAGUUGGAUCAUAAUGAGGUAGGUUUUAGAGUAGAAGAUUCAAUAUGGGGUACAGAGAACCAUAAUCCACACGAAGAAACUGCUGCUCGUCGAAUUACUGGUACAGAUCGUCUUUUAAUGGGCGAACAAGCAGAUGAACUCGGUCCUUUACGCGUCUUUGAAAAAAAUGUUGAGAAUGCCAAUCCGAAAUUGUUAAAGACUGGCAAUUUUACUGGUUGUCCAACAAUUUCAGCUUUGAAAGCAAUGGCAGAUGAAUAUCGUCAACAUCGUCGACUACAUCAUGAGUAUUAUAAUGAAGUUAGAGUUUUAUCGACUGCUUUGGACAUUGCCGACGUAAUAUCUGAGCAUGUCAUCGACAAGUUUCUCGUUGUCGAUGCCCCUAUUGAUAAUUACGAUGAAAGUACCGAAGAAUGUGAUGAGAAUAAUGCUGUAGAUGAAGUAAAUGAUCCACUAGGUGAGGUUGAUGAUCUCGAACAACCAGAAGUUCCUAUAGUGCAUCAGUCACCAUUUACCUGUGAGGCCAACAAUCAAAUUCCGCUCUUGAACACCCUUUUAAUCGACCAGGUAGAGCCUAAACAUGUAACAAAUUCAAUGUAUUGCAAACAGAUAGUUAAGAUAACAUACAAAUGGUUUGCAUAUUUACCGAUGUGGAGUUGUAUUCUAUAUCAAUUUGAUGAGCGUUAUGCCAAUGAUAGCGUUUAUAGCUCCACCACACAUAGUUUAGGAGCAGGUCGUUUGUCUAACGCUACUAUCGGAUCGUAUUUUGCAAUAAUCAAAGAAUCGGUACUUCAACGAAAAACCAGACUGCGUCCUGCAGAGUGCAUUGCAAAAAUCUUUCGAAGUACUCAAGCUAGACUGAAAGCGGGUAAAUAUGGUGUUACUCAGUCAGCAAAAGGAAGAAAAAACAGUAAGAAGAAAACUGAUGUAGCUAUCACCGAAACAUGGAACAGAAGUCAACGGAAAAAAGUAAGAGGCGUGUACUUUGGGAGAGUUACGAAAAAACAAUCAUUAACCAAAAUACAACGUACUAGUCAAUGCAAGUUAGUAGUACCGUCACAACUGAAAAAAAGGUUAACAGAAGAAGAUUAUUAUGAUCUUAAAGAUGAUCAGCUAAAUGUCUCAAUGAACUCAUCGACCGAUGCAGCAUUGACGGAGUUAAAUGCAUGUCGAAAAAUGGAUAUCUCUCCAAGACACAAUCAUGAAGAAAGUGCUGACGUAUCUACUGAAUUAUCACAAAGUGACGAUGAGACCUCGCGUCAAGAAAGUAAUACAAGCUCAGCAAGUAGUAGGAAGAGUACGCGCCGCCGACAACCAAAUAGUCGAUACAGUGAUUUUGCUUUACAAAAAAAAAACGGUAAUUAUCCCGACGAACUGGAACAGUUUACGUAUCAGCAAGCGGGUAGAUGUGGAGCAAUUGUUAAUGAGAACUACCUUGGAGAUACGUUUGAGUCAGAUUUGCUGACAGAUGAUAAAAUUCGAAAGAAAGUCAAUUGUUGUGCUGCAGAACGCAUUUACCUUCCUAAGGAAUUCGUAAAUCAACCGCCGUUCUGUAUUAUUGAUCUUCCACAUGAAGAUCAAACAAGAACAAAUCAAUUACCAAAUAUGUUACGUAUUGGAAAUGAAGAGUAA